UGAUGUCCCCCAGCCUAACGGGUACCAAGACUGAUUGCUUAUUCGGAGAAGUAGGCCAUGUAUUUUGUGUAUUAAUUAAAGUGUUGUGGUUCACCAGCCGUCCUGGCUCUAGCAAAAUGACUUGUACGGGUGGAGAUAGCUUUAUCCUUGGUUGCUUUUCAAGGAUUUGUCAUGUAAAUUGUAAAUUGUUUGUGUUAUAUAGUGUUCGGGUUGGUUCUCGCCAGGCCCUCCCAAAAUAAACUUAUCUGGUUCAGCGAUGCUGUGUUGUUAUUUUGUUGUGGAGUGGAGACAAAAUGUCAAGGAUUAAGAAGAAGUCGAUUUGUGGCUAGUCUACCUGCGAGCAGGCUCACGUUGGAGCACAAGCCGCGAGACGAGAAAGUGCUUUCUUGGCGCCUCUUCACCAGACUCCUUCCCGCCGGGUCGCUUUGCUCUUCGCCGCUCGCGCGUGUGACGCAAAGGGUCUGCGGUCUGUGGUCUGCGUUUUCGAGGUCUGUGUUUUCGAGACACCCCUGAGCUAUUAUGAUGUUUAAAUUAAAGCAACAGGAUCUGGAUCUUUUGGCUCUAGGAACAAUUGUAAGCCGCAAUAAAGCACAAAAGCUUGAAGUAUGCAUUCACAAACAGAACUACAUCCACAGUACAUGGCUUAAAAGCUACGUGAGAAUCGAUGCGCAAUACUGUCAGUAUAAUUCCAUCAUAAGCUGUGGGAUCCGAAAGAAAAUAUGCAGCAGUCUUCAGGGCAAAACUUCCAACUUUGAAUUUGAAGCUAAAUCUUCAGAAGAUGUUAAAAAGAUAUUAGGAAAACCAUGCUACUCUAAAAUCUGAAUGGAAAUAAAGGUUACGUAACUAUGUUACAUAAUGAAUAUGCAAGCCACAGCAGAAUUAACUUUAAGACCAGUGGCAUUUAGGUUACACCAAGUUUACUCACCACUUA